GGUCCGGUAUGAGCGAGGCGCGGCUGCGGGCCGGGCGCGGCCCCGGCGGGGCGCGGGAGCCCCAGGACAAGGAGUCAGAGUCUGAGAACAAGCUGGAUGGAGAGACAGCGUCAGACAGCGAGAGCAAAUCCGAGUUUGGGGGUUCAUCCCCAGUGCCAACCUCGGAUGACACCCCAGAGGUGCUGAACAGGGCCCUGUCCAACCUGUCCUCAAGAUGGAAAAAUUGGUGGGUGAGAGGCAUCCUCACGCUGGCAAUGAUCACCUUCUUCUUCAUCAUCAUCUACUUGGGCCCCAUGGUCUUGAUGACAAUAGUGAUGUGUGUCCAGAUCAAAUGUUUCCACGAGAUCAUCACCAUCGGCUACAACGUGUACCACUCGUACGACCUGCCCUGGUUCAGGACGCUCAGCUGGUACUUCCUGCUGUGUGUGAACUAUUUCUUCUACGGCGAGACGGUGACAGAUUAUUUCUUCACCCUGGUGCAGAGGGAGGAGCCCCUGAGGAUCCUCAGCAAAUACCAUCGCUUCAUUUCCUUUGCCCUCUACCUGACAGGUUUCUGCAUGUUUGUCUUGAGUCUGGUGAAGAAACACUAUCGCCUCCAGUUCUACAUGUUCGGCUGGACCCACGUGACGUUGCUGAUCGUUGUCACCCAGUCCCACCUCAUCAUCCACAACCUGUUUGAAGGAAUGAUCUGGUUCAUUGUCCCCAUCUCCUGUGUGAUCUGCAAUGACAUCAUGGCCUACAUGUUCGGGUUCUUCUUCGGCCGCACGCCGCUCAUCAAGCUCUCCCCAAAGAAGACCUGGGAGGGUUUUAUCGGAGGAUUUUUUUCCACCGUUCUCUUUGGAUUGUUGCUGUCCUACGUCAUGUCGGGGUAUCGCUGCUUCACCUGCCCCGUGGAGUUCAACAACGACACCAACAGCUUCACCGUGGACUGCGAGCCCUCGGAGCUGUUCCAGCUGCAGGAGUACAACAUCCCCGUGGUGCUGCAGUCUGUGGUGGGCUGGAAGACCGUGCGGAUGUACCCCUUCCAAAUCCACAGCAUCGCCCUCUCCACCUUCGCCUCCCUCAUCGGGCCCUUCGGGGGGUUCUUUGCCAGUGGCUUUAAGAGGGCCUUCAAAAUCAAGGACUUUGCCAACACCAUCCCGGGGCACGGGGGGAUCAUGGAUCGCUUCGACUGCCAGUACCUGAUGGCCACCUUUGUCAACGUGUACAUUGCCAGCUUCAUCAGAGGCCCCAACCCAAGCAAACUGAUCCAGCAGUUCCUGACCCUGAGGCCAGACCAGCAGCUCCACAUCUUCAACACGCUCAAAGCUCACCUGGUGGACAGGGGAGUCCUGGGGAGCCUGGAGGACGCGUAGACAGGAGGAGGUGGUUGGAGCAGGACUGAGAACAGACAGGCCUCCUCCAGGGAAUUCCUGGCUUGCCUGAUUGGAGACAAUAACAAGGCCUCAUUUCACUGUAACUUUUCUUCCUUUCUUGGUAAAUGUUUGCAUUUGUGGUUUAUUUUUUUUUUUUUUUUAAAUAAUAUAUUUAUAGAGCUUUGGUUCAAACGAGCAAAUCUUGGGUUGGUAGCUGAGGAGGAGUUAAGGCUUGGGAGGACUGUUGGGUGGGGCAGGAGGGUGUGACUGUCCCGGUGGAUUGUUCUGAGCCCUGGGGUGUGUGGGCAGAGUUGAGCUUUCCCUGGGAGCGGGUUUGGCAGGGAAUGCAGAGCCUGGGGCUGUGCUCUCCCCUGGCCCUUGUGCUCAGGGUGGCAGCUCUGGGGACCCUGCUCCUCUCCAGGGACAGCUGGGAGUACGCUGGGAAUUGUCCCAGCAGUUCCUGCCGUGGGAAUCUCCUUGCACAAGGAUCUUGUACUAACCCAGCCCCAUUUCCUCUGCCCAGCCCUGCUCCUGCUCUCACCUGCUGCUUCUGCAGAGCCUCUCACAUUCCCUCCCUCCAGGGCUGCUGUUUCGGCAAAUCAGAUUUUUUAUAACCAAUUAAACCAGAAACAGACUGGGGAUGAGGAGUCGAGGAAGUGGCAGUUGUGUGUGGGAAUGUGGGAGGUUCAGAUUCUUCCAAAACUGAUGGAAGUAAGUAAGUUUUAAAGAACGUUGAAGUUCCGUUGAGCAAUUCCUGCCAAGUGAGAACAACUUUUAAACAACUUGGUUUGUCUUUCCCCCAUUAAAUAACCUUCAAAAACCACACUUCUUCAUUUAUCCAAGGUUGGGAACCCCACACUGGGAUAUUUGAAGUAACCUGGGGAGCAGUUUCCAGCCAGUUUUGUUGCUGGGUGGGCUCCAGCUGCAGCUGGGGGUUUUGUUUUCUUUCAGGGAUCAUGUCUGUUUGUUACUUGAGUUGUAGAAGUCGUGCUGCUGAGUUUACCACGGUCUGUGUUGCGUUUCAGUCUGGGUCCAUUUCUCUGCAAGUCACUGUCCUGCUUCGCUCGCUGAAUCUUGUCAGAAAUAGUUUGUUCUUUAUAGCCACAAGUUUUAUCAAAGUCCUUUCCUUUAUUUUGUCAUGCUUUUUUAUUAUUUAAAAACGAGGGCCCUAAAGAUUUGAAAACUUUUCCUUUUUUUUUUUUUUAAAAAAAAUUUGUUUGUUUUGUUUUGUUUUUUGUUUUAUCAGCUAGUGAAAAUAUCCCCAUUUACACCUCCUGCAAUGUUCCCAAACACGAGCUGACUCUGAUUUUCAUUCUUUCCAUUGUCUGUGCAUGGGAGAGAGAAAGUUUACCUUAUUUUAACCUGGGGAACGAGUGACAGGGAGAGCUCACACAGAAGUACACUGAUGUUUUCAAGCAAUUGCUGCCACAAAAUUUCAGCCACAGCCCCCCCAAUGUGAGACCUGCGCCUGCUGAGAGCUGGCUUGGCAUCAACAGAAAACAAACCACCUGAAAAUACCCCAAAUUCAGAGCCUUUACUCCAUGUUCUGAUGAUGCCACUGCCUUCAUUUACCUGGGUGUGUGUAAAUGUGCAGCACAGGUCCCAGCCUCUCUCCUGCAGUUCUGCAGGCCUGUGGAGGGCUCUGCUCCUCCCCUGAGCAGGAGCUGAGGUUUGGGCUCCAAAUGCACAGGAAAGCAUCUGGUGGAAAGCACAGGCUGCAGAGAAGGCUCUGUUCUUACCAAGUACUGUCAGUUGGUGCUGGCAAAGUUCUGCACUGAGCCACUUCAGGGUUGGGUUUGGUGUUGGCAGAGGUUUUUCCUGGUUGUGGACACUGUUCCCUUCCAGCUGGAAUUAGGCAGGGGUUUGUUUUCUGUCGAUGGAACACAUUUUGGUCCAAGCCCCUGAUACAGAAACUGCAGAGGGGAAUGGAGCUGCUUCCAUCUGGCAUUGCCCAGGGACAGUAUUUGGGCCGUGUUUAAUGAGGGUUUGCCUGAGUUCAGCGAGGCCCCUGCCAGGAGCACCCAUGGGAGCAGGCUGGGGGUGCCAGGGUUUGCUUUGCCAUGGGCUGGACCAGCUCCUGCUGCUCUGCAUUUUCCCUGCCCAUUGCCAAAACCCCUUGCUGUGGCUGUUGGGUCACAGGCAGGAGCGACAGUGUUGAUAAAUAUUACAAAGGUGUGCUCUGUUUUAGUGACAAAUUCCUUCGGUGGGUCUUUAGUCCCCUGCUCGUCUGCUUUAAACCUUUUGUUCCUCUUCUGUCGUGAUCAGCGGGGCAAAGCUUUGCUGCAGGCUCUGCUCUGGGGCAGGUCUGGGCUGUAAAUGCUGGAUGUGGGCACUGGAGGGCAAAGCAGUUCCACCGAGCAGCUGCGAGAGAAGCGGCAGCAGCAGCAGCUCUGCCUGUGGGUGGCUUCCCUGAUCGGACAAUUCCUGAGCAGAAGAGCCCUGAUCAGCUUUAUUCCUGCUUCUUCCCUUCCAAACCUGGGCUGGUCCUCACGGGGAAAGCUGCCUGGGAAGGGUUUCCUGCGAAGUGAGAGGGAGCAGUGGAGGGAGGGAGGGAGGGAGGUGGCGGGUGUUGGGAUUUGUUUGAGAGUUGUGCAGCUGAACUCACAGGAUCGGGGGUUGGAUCCUGGGUUUGGGUUGGAGAGGGCCUUAAAGUCUUGUUCCACCUCCUUUGCCAUGGGCAGGGAAUAUCCCCUCCACGUCUGAUCCCGAGCACUGCCGGGGAUGGGGCGUUCGUGACUCCCUGGGGAAAGAUGAAAACUGCUGUUCCUGACUUGGGCUGCUUCUGAGAGGGGAACUCUUGUCCAGGGAUGUGCAGCAGCACACGGAGCCCUGCAGGAGCCUGGUGAUGCUGCAGCUCUCGGGAAUUUCGCUGUGGAGGGGCCAGAGUGACCCCAGGGAUGGUGGGUGAGGAGAGCUGGGGGAAGCUCUGCAGCUGCAGGGCUGCAGCUCAGCCUGGCACAAAAGAAUGGCUCACAGUGGGCUCCAGCAGCGGCAGGGAAGCUCCAAAGGGAAGAGCAGAGCAAGAAAGGGGAGGUGGUGCCAGCUGGGAUUUGUGUGUGUGGGCUGGGAGAAAGGGACAGGAAGGAUUUGCCUGGUGCAGAGGGCACAGGCUGGUGUGGGAGCCACCUCUGCCCAGUGUCACUGAGCCAGGGAGCUGGGAGCAGGCACUGGGAUGGCACUGGGAGGCUGCUGGGCAGGACACUGGGCACCCCCAGGGUUGGUUUGUUAGGGGCUGGUUGGGUUUGGACGCGUUUGACCCACAGCUGUGCCAGGCCUGUGGACACCUGGGUGGGAAUUUGCUUUUCCUGCCUGGCUGUAGCCCAGGUGAGCUUGCAGGUGGGAGGCAGGGGCCAGCCCACGCUCAGGGAAGCACCAGGCCUGGGUUCUGCAGCCAUGCUGUGGGAUCAGCCCGGGCUAAACAGAAUUCCCAGGGCUAAACAGAAUUCCCAGGGUUAAACAGAGUUCCCAGGGCUAAACAGGCAUUCCGAGGGAUAAACAGAAUUCCCUGGGAUAAACAGGCAUUCCCAGGGUUAAACAGGCAUUCCCAGGGUUAAACAGCCAUUCCCAGGGUUAAACAGGCAUUCCCAGGGUUAAACAGAAUUCCCUGGGAUAAACAGAAUUCCCAGGGCUAAGCAGGCAUUCCCUGGGUUAAACAGAAUUCCCAGGGCUUAAGCAGGCGUUUGCAGGGUUAAACAGAAUUCCCUGGGUUAAAUAGAAUUGCCUGAGCUGAGGGGCAGCUCUCCUGUGGCUCGUGGAGCCGGGCUCCUGCAGCAUCCCCCCAAAGCUUGGCUGUGGAAUCCCAUUCCAGGGAAUGUGCCCCGUGUGCCCUGUGUGCAGGGAGCCCCCCGAGCCUGGCUGGGGGGAUCCUGCCCUCUGUGUGGGAGCAGGGCAGGGCUGUGUGUGCCCACCCAGCCCCUCCUGGGGACAGCUCAGUCCCGAAAACCCGCGCGUGGAAGCCCCGGGGUGGCAGCUCUGUGCUCCUGUAAUCCCUGUGCAAUUCCCGAGCUCCGGCCUCUUCCCACCACCGGCUUCUUUCUCUGUGUGUUGUUCUUUUGAUUCCAGUUUUAGCUACACACGUAGAGUUGCCUUUCUUUGACCGAAUGUUCGAAUGUGAAAUAUUGUAUAUUUUAAAGUAUUUACCCUAUUUAUAUACUGUAUGUUACUGUUAAAUAAAUAUAAAUUCCAUUA